AGGACGGGACGAUGCAGACCCUCCUGUAUUUGUCAACAGUGCGAAAAUAUUAGCAGCCGUUAGUAAUUAUUCUACGAUAUGGAAACAAAGGCCACAAUAACAUCACGGCUUUUCUUAACGUCUUCUGUGGAAAAUAAAGACGAUUUAGAGGAGAAAUACGAACGUAGUUACCAGUUCCUUCAGAGUAUCACUGCGGGAUUAAGUGAUAAGGAUGCACAUGAGGCUCUCAAUAAGGCACUUUUAAAAGAGAAAGGUUAUGAAGAUGUGUCAUUUGGACUUUUAGUGACUAUUUUAACUGAACCUCAUAAUGCUGCUAAGAGCUACAGGGACUUAACGCUUAUUACUCGUGAUGGUUUCGGACUGAUACUUACGAAUUUAUCAAACUUAGUGCUGGAGAGAUACCUGCGGCUUAAUGAUGUGGUUAAGCAACAGAUAGUUUGGAUGUUACGAGAAAUGAUUAAGAAUUCUGUUAGCAAUGUAGACAAUUUGGUAUGGAAUUUGAUGAGACAUGCUGCAGGUGGUGAUGUAUCUCAAAAAAAUAUUAUGCUUACAGAAUCUUUACUCGAUGUUUUUAUAGAGUACAAGAAUUGGUUAUACAAUUCACCUUUGCUGAUUGCUUCUGUUGUGUACACCUACUUAAGACUAAUUGAGGAUCAUAAUGCUCCACAUUUAGCAAAUUUAAGACAAAAGGAGGUCACAUUUUUGAUAUCUUUGAUGCGUGAGCAUUUUGGUGAGUGUGUAAAAAUCGGUCGGGAUUUAGUGAGGUUAUUGCAAAAUGUAGCACGGAUACCAGAGUUUGAGCAAUUGUGGAAAGACAUAUUAUUAGCACCGAAAUCAUUAUGUCCCAGUUUUACCGGAAUAUUACAACUGUUACAAGUACGAACGUCCAGACGGUUCCUACAGUCGCGUCUAACCCCCGAAAUGGAACGGAAACUCGUGUUUCUUACAUCUCAGGUUAGAUUUGGAAAUCACAAGCGAUACCAGGAUUGGUUUCAGAGACAAUAUUUGGCAACACCAGAAUCACAAAGUCUUCGAUGUGAUAUAAUUAGAUUCAUAGUGGGAGUGAUCCAUCCAACCAAUGAAUUGCUGUGCUCAGAUAUAAUACCUCGGUGGGCUGUUAUCGGAUGGCUGUUGACAACUUGUACUUCCAGUGUGGCGGUGUCGAACGCAAAAUUAGCUCUUUUUUAUGACUGGUUGUUUUUUGACAGUGAAAAAGACAAUAUCAUGAAUAUCGAACCUGCGAUUUUGGUAAUGCAUAAUUCAAUGAGAUCACAUCCCGCCGUUUCCGCCACCCUCUUGGAUUUUCUAUGCAGAAUUAUCUACAAUUUCUAUCCACCCCUGGCUGAUAAGGUAAGGAAUGGUAUAUUCUCUUCUCUUAAACAGAUUCUGGAUAAGCGAGUACUACCAUCCCUUUUACCACUAUUUGACAACGCGAAAUUGGACCGAGAACUUAGAAAUAUGGUGAGAGAAACGUUUAAGGAAUUCUGCAACACAACCAUGCCAGUGGAAUCUUCAUCAAGACUGGACGAUUACAAUACGCCGCAUUCGACGAAAUUCGAGGAUGAUCCAAUGGGACCGCGACUUCCAAACAAUCACCUGGGAGAUGAGCCUGCUUUCAGUGAUGAAGAAGAUGAACCAGUGUUCACCAAUACAGGAGAAUUUACCGAUGAUGAUGACAUUCCACUUUCAAAGGUCAGAUUAAAAGAAAAGGUUGACAAAUCUGAUGAUAGCCUGGUUGAAGGACCCUUGGGAGAAACACUUACUAAAUUACAACAGGAACAGGAUCUGACAAAGAGAUGUCGCGUGAUGGAGGAGUUCAUAGAACAGCUAUUGGAACAAGAUGAUGAAGAUGAAAAUUUUGCCAAUAUUGCAAAAGUGCUGAGCAAUCUUGUGCGAGACGAUGUGACGGGUGAAAUCUUUCCUGAAGACUUGACUGAGGAAAAUCUCAUUGACAGUAUUAAAUCACCUUUAUUUAUUAUCUUCAAGACUUUGUAUAGGCUUACUAACAAGGAGGAAAGCAGCAAGGAAAUUUUGAAUAGAUUGGUUGCUGAAAUGAAUACACACAUACCAAACUUAGGUUAUUUAAUAUUGUAUUUUUUGAAAGUGCAAAUAAGGACAGAAAAUAAAAAAGAAGACCAAACUAAGGCAAGUGCACUUAAAAUUAGUGUUUACAAAGAUUAUUGUCAAACUAUUGAAAAGAAAUUGGACUUGUGUUUAUUUGAUGACUUAAUGGCAUGCCACAUCAGUGAUACAAAAUUGAUGAUGUGGAUUGUGCCAGAUUUAUACAGAGACUUUAAGCAACAGACAUUAAAUAACGCUCAAAUAUUGCGGGUGAUAAUUUCAGCAAUUGACUGUCGACAAUUACAAACACUAGUGGGUAAGGUUUUACAGGGACAUUUAGUAAUGUUUAAAAGUGAAAACAUAAUGCCUCUUAUGAAAACAAGUUUAUCAUGGGAAAGCAUAGAACAACUAUUUUUUUGGCAACUGGUCAACGCCCAUGAUAUAUCAAUAGACAUCCUUCUACCAUUAAUAAACGAUUUAGACUAUGAACAACACGCAGAAGCUUUAACGGCAAUUACGCUUAUGUUAAAACAGGAAAAACCCAACGCCGAUUACAUAAAAUCUUUAUUUUCUAGAGAUAUAUGUGAUAAUGGAGACCUCUUUAUUUUUACCGUAAUUAAAUACUGGUGUGAUGAGUACAUAGACAAAGUGGCUGAACUAAUAUCUUCCCUACUGUCGACGCGGUAUCCAUCCACAUCACCGAACAAGCGGAAACGGCCUGGCAACAAGACCCUGAGUGGGGCCACAGUUCCGAGCGCCGACCAGGUCCUGGGACAUUUGGAACAGUUGAGGAUCAUCUGCGAGAAACACGACUGCAUGGCGAUAUACACAUUGGACUCGAUGCAGCGGGCGCUCAGCAUAGCGCAGAACAACAGCAGCGACAGCCAGCGAAAACAGUUCAGCGAACUGUUCGCCCUGAUGGAGGAAGAGGAAGAGAUCAGCGCGACGAAGAGCCGAUCGCAGGGCAGGGGCAGAAAACCGGCCGCCAAAACAGCUGCGAAUAAACGGCCUCCGGUCAGAAGUAUCACCGACUCCUCUGAGGAUAGCAGCGAAGAAGAGGAAAUCGUGAAGCCGAAACAAGCGAAAAAACGGAAAAAAGUAAUGUCGGACAGUGAUUGACGGAAGCGAGUCGUACUGAGUUAUCUUCCCCAAAAGGGGCAUGUGUUAUUCGUUGCCACAUGGAUCGCCAUAUCAGAGAUAUACUUGUGAUUAAAAAUCAAUAAGAUUUCUGGAACGAAAAACCAGAUCGAUAUUCGAGUGAAGAAUCCACUGCCCUAACAUCAAUAAGGCAUACGUUGUCUUAAAAAAAUCAACAGUACCUUAAACAGUUUCAUUUGGAGAAUUGUUAUUGAAUUCUUUUACAUGUUAUUCAUCCAUGAUAACAAGAAGAUUCAUUGUAUAUUGUGUAUUUAAAUCAUGUCUGUACAUAUUUGUUAUUGUUAGCUUCCCUGUUAUUUUUUUUUAAUUCCAGGGUUAUUAAAUCGAUUAGAGAUAUAAAACUUUUUAAAUGAAUUGUAAAUUAAUUAUAGUGUUUUAUUACAAUUGGAAAAGUAUGUAUAUAUAAUUUGUAAAUAUAUUUAUAAAGAGCCUUAUUUACAA